AUGACGCAAAAGGGUACUAGGGCUCAGGGUUCAGGAGAUACAGCCACACCCAUCACUACGCCACUGCUCCUUACAGCAGCCAAAGCCACCUUACGUGAGCAAACGAUAGAGGCGUGUACACGCGAGUGGACAACCUCUACGCACGGCGAAUACGUCCGAGACCUCUUUCCGGGGCCCACAAAAGCAGUAUUUCGGCUCCAUGAGCCCCUCCGCAGACCCACCAGCGCAGCCCUUAUCCAGAUGCAAGCCGGUAAGCUGGCCCUGCCAGCAUACCUAGCGACCAUCGCUACAUGGCCUGAGGUAGCCAGGACUUUGCUCUGUUUGCGGGUGCAGAGCUGGACGGCGGCAGCGGCAGCGGCUCAGACCAUAUCAAUAAAAUCGGGCGCGCCAAGACUGUAG